GGGCGGAGGAGGAAGUGUCAUGGCGUCGGGCCGUGGAGCUUCUUCUCGCUGGUUCUUUACUCGGGAACAGCUGGAGAACACGCCGAGCCGCCGCUGCGGAGUGGAGGCGGAUAAAGAGCUCUCGUACCGGCAGCAGGCGGCCAACCUCAUCCAGGACAUGGGACAGCGUCUCAAUGUCUCUCAGCUUACAAUAAACACCGCGAUUGUUUAUAUGCACAGGUUUUAUAUGCACCAUUCCUUCACCAAGUUCAGUAGAAAUAUAAUAUCACCUACUGCAUUAUUUUUGGCUGCAAAAGUGGAAGAACAGGCUCGAAAACUUGAACAUGUUAUCAAAGUAGCACAUGCUUGUCUUCAUCCCCUAGAGCCACUGCUGGAUACUAAAUGUGAUGCUUACCUUCAACAGACACAAGAACUGGUUUUACUUGAAACCAUAAUGCUACAAACACUAGGUUUUGAGAUCACCAUUGAACACCCACACACAGAUGUGGUGAAAUGUACCCAGUUAGUAAGAGCAAGCAAGGAUUUGGCACAGACAUCCUAUUUCAUGGCUACCAACAGUCUGCAUCUUACUACCUUCUGUCUCCAGUACAAACCAACAGUGAUAGCAUGUGUAUGCAUUCAUUUGGCUUGCAAAUGGUCCAAUUGGGAGAUUCCAGUGUCAACUGAUGGAAAGCAUUGGUGGGAAUAUGUGGAUCCUACUGUUACUUUAGAAUUACUAGAUGAGCUAACACAUGAGUUUCUACAAAUAUUGGAGAAAACGCCUAGUAGGUUGAAGAAGAUUCGAAACUGGAGGGCUAAUCAGGCGGCUAAGAAACCAAAAGUAGAUGGACAAGUAUCAGAGACACCACUUCUUGGUUCAUCUUUGGUCCAGAAUUCCAUUUUAGUAGAUAGUGUCACUGGUGUGCCUACCAACCCAAGUUUCCAGAAACCAUCUACAUCAGCAUUUCCUGCACCAGUACCUCUAAAUUCAGGAAAUAUUUCUGUUCAAGACAGCCAUACAUCUGAUAAUUUGUCAGUGCUAGCAACAGGAAUGCCAGGUACCUCAUACAGUUUGUCAUCACACCAAGAAUGGCCUCAGCAUCAAGAAUCAGCAAGGACAGAGCAGCUCUAUUCACAGAAGCAGGAGACAUCUUUGUCCGGUAGCCAAUACAACAUCAACUUCCAGCAGGGACCUUCUGUAUCACUGCAUUCAGGAUUACAUCACAGACCUGACAAAAUUUCUGAUCAUUCUGUUAAGCAAGAAUAUUCUCAUAAAACAGGGAGCAGUAAACACCAUGGGCCAAUUUCUGCUACUCCUGGAAUAAUUCCUCAGAAAAUGUCUUUAGAUAAAUACAGAGAAAAACGUAAGCUAGAAACUCUUGAUCUUGAUGUAAGGGAUCAUUAUAUAGCUUCCCAGGUAGAACAGCAACACAAACAUGGACAGUCACAGGCAGCCAGCAGCAGUUCUGUAACAUCUCCCAUUAAAAUGAAAAUUCCCAUCACAAAUACUGAGAAACCUGAGAAAUACAUGGCAGAUAAAAAGGAGAAGAGUGGCUCGCUGAAGUUACGGAUUCCGAUACCGCCCACUGACAAAGGGGCCAGCAAAGAAGAGCUGAAGAUGAAGAUAAAAGUCUCGUCCUCAGAAAGACACAGCUCUUCUGAUGAAGGCAGUGGGAAGAGCAAGCAUUCAAGCCCGCAUGUCAGCAGAGACCAUAAGGAGAAGCACAAGGAGCACCCUUCCAACCGCCACCACACCAGCAGUCACAAGCAUUCCCAUUCACAUAGUGGCAGCAGCAGCAGCGGUGGCAGUAAGCACAGUGCUGAUGGGCUCCCACCCACUGUCCUGAGGAGUCCUGUUGGCCUGAGCAGUGAUGGCAUUUCUUCCAGUUCCAGUUCUUCAAGGAAGAAGCUGCAUGUCAAUGAUGCAUCUCACAACCAUCACUCCAAAAUGAGCAAAAGUUCCAAAAGUUCAGGUAGUUCAUCUAGUUCUUCCUCCUCUGUUAAGCAGUAUAUAUCCUCUCACAACUCUGUUUUUAACCAUCCCUUACCCCCUCCUCCCCCUGUCACAUACCAGGUGGGCUACGGACAUCUCAGCACGCUCGUGAAACUGGACAAGAAGCCAGUGGAGACCAACGGUCCUGAUGGCAAUCAUGAGUACAGUACAAGCAGCCAGCAUAUGGACUACAAAGACACAUUCGACAUGCUGGACUCGCUGCUCAGUGCCCAAGGAAUGAACAUGUAAUCACUUGUUUAGGUCACUUUUUUCUUUACUUUUUUUUAAUUUAAAAAUUGUUGGAAUGGAAAACUUCCUCCUGAUCUAGCAGUGGUAACACCUGCUGUUGCUGCCACUGCUUCAAUAUUUGUAAGUGCUGCUUUAUUCUUCAUUCUGAAAAGAAGAGAUUAUAGUAAACAAGUUUUUAUCUCCACAUAUGAUAGUGUUAUAAAUACUGCAAAAGCAUGGAAGGUGCAAAACUCAAUAUUUCUACAAUUGCAGCUGAGAACAUUAGGAUGAAUGGCUGGCUGCUUCUAGGAAUAUAAGCUGCCUCAAGCAUUGGUUAUUUAUAAUUUGAAUACUGUAGCUAUUUUUUGUUGUUGCUUGGCUUUUGAAUGAGUGUAAAUUGUUUUCUUUUGUGUAUUUAUAUUUGUAUGUAUGAUUUGCAUGUUUCAAUGAUAAAGGGAUAAAACAGUAUACUGACAACUGUUUACAAGAAAGUGGAGAAAAAUGUACAUACAUUUUUGUAUGUUUAGAUAUUACCAUAAAUACUCAGGAUUGGAGCUGCUUGUAAGUAUAACAAUAUACAGAAUAACUUUAUUUUCUCUUGUCAGAGUCCAUCACUAAUCUAAAACAGAAGUGGCACUUUUUCAUGUUAACCUUAAACUCUAGGCCUUACCGGAAGCCACUGAAGGGGGACACUUCACUACCAGAUGGGUGUACAGUGCCACACAUGGUAUGGUCAUUUACACUGUGAGGCAUGGAACUUUUGCCUUCAGCGGUUCUGACCAGAUAGGCUACUGAAAUAGCCCCUAGUUUUCUGAAGGCUUGAAGAGGAAAAAAAGUUUACAUACUCUUGAUGUGAAGUGCAUUUAAAUGUUUGUUGGCUUGUUGCAGUGCUAUAAAACAGAGCUGUUAAUAAUGGUUGUGUGGAUUACUGUGAUUUGAAAACUAAAUUCACAAAGACUUAUUUACAUAGUGAAGAGUUAGUUUUUUUCUUAAAGAACUUUAACACUACAUAUUUUAUUACCAGUAAACAGGGAUCACUUUUCUUUUAGCAUUCAGAAUGUCACCAUAUUCUUAAAUAUAUUCCUCCCUUGAAGCGUGUUUGUGUGUGAUGCCAUAUUUCUUUUUCAGGUAAAUGCAGUCUUCCUUACAAAAAUGAAAUUAUACCUAUGCUCUCUCAAUUCUUUUAUAUUCUAACAAUAAAUAAAAAGGAAAGAUCACUGUGCAUUGUACCUGUAUUUGUAGCUUAUGGUUGUUAUCAGGAAGCUCUGUAAAAAAUGGUCAGCCUCCAGACAAGCCACUAGUGGAGGUUUUACAUUUGUUUGCACAUCUCAGAAUAUUCCUGUUGACAUCAAGUUUGCACAGUCAUCUGACUUCUGAUAAAACUAUAGACUUGUUUGAAUUUGACUUAAGCAAACCAGUAAUACAGCUCUUGCUUAUCAGUUAAUCUUUACUUUAGUCUCUGGUAAAUCUUGGAGCUGUUGAGUAUCUUUGGGAUGGGUUGGAUUCAAGUUCUGUUGAACUUAAAAGCUGUCUUAUUUUUUCCUUUGUGUAUAUGAAUUAUUUUUUUGUUACAAAGCCACUGAUAACGUGCACAGUUGUAAUUUUACUCAAGUGUGUUGUGGUUGUAAAUAUUGAGAGUUUGAUCUUGUGCUUUACUUUUAUUUAGUAAUUACCUAAUUUGCCAGUAGCUUUAUUACUUUUUUUAAGAGAAUUGUUUAUUGUUUUGUCAAUGUUAUUUGAACUUGGGAUACUAGGAGCUCUUUCUAGGGCCUUUGCCUAGCUAGCAUGUCCUAACGUUUGUUCUUGUCUUGCAUAACUUGAGUAUUCUCUGUCAUUAUAUGUAACUUUACUGCUCUGUAUGGCAUAAUCUUGUAUCCACAAACAUGGUAAUUUUGAUGCAGUUCUUUUACAGUGGUACAUAAUCCAAGGACUAGUGUAGAAUUAAGCUGAGUACAAGAUGAGGGGGGGAAGGGGUUUGUUCUUGGUAAUUUAGAUGUGAAACCUCUACAGAGCUAUCAUGUGAAAUGACAUUAGGGCAGUUGUGCUACUGUAUAAUUGGGGGUAAUACCAGGAAUUUUAAUAAGAUUUUGUAAAGAAUAUCCAGAAAAGUAGUGAACUUAUUUUCAGUAUGACAUAGAAAACAAUGUGAAUAUUUAAGGUCUGUGACUAUAGUUAAACUUCACUAAGAAUUUGCAGAAUUGUUUUGAGAUGUGGGAAUAAAGGUAAUUUUGUUGAAUCUUUAUUGGUGCUAAUGAUGGACAGUUAAAAAGGUAGCUAGUGUAUAUUGUUAUGGGUCAGUACUUAUUAGUACUUCCAAAAUGAAUUUGAAAUGCUAUGUAUUCACUUUUCACUCUGUAAAUGUAAUUCUUUACAAUUACUUUAUUUAUUAAAGGGCAGCCAGUUCUAAUUUUUACAGGAUUGUGUGAGCUAUUCAAACUCUUUAACCUCUGAACAGGAUAUUAAGCUUCCAAAACUACAGUGGAGAUAAAUGUGGAGACUGAAGUUUCAUUUCCAUUAAAGGAAAACCCUUAUUCAUAUUACCAUGAAUUUGCUUUAACCAUCUCAUUUGCGUAAAAUAGUUAAUCUGCCUCAUCCCAUUAGGCUCUACCAAAGAAAAAGACUCAGAGGAAUGAGCACGAUUAAUGUGAGUCUUCUUGUAAGUAGCCAUAAAUAAACCAAAAUAGUGUCAUCAGAUUUAGGGAUGAAAUUCCAUAUGUGCAAAGUACUGUUAAGGUGAUAACGUUUUGAUGAGAUUUUUAAAAAAUAUUAAAAAGCAUUAAACAUCCUAUAAAAGAGUGACUCAUUUUUAAGUUGUGUUUUCCCAGGAUCACAGACUUGUUACCUUUAUGCAGAAGCAUGUCACAAACAGGCUUUAUUUACUUCUACCUCUUUAAACAAGUUUUCUAAUACUGAGCUCUCGUGCCCCUUAAAUAUUUGCCUUAGCUACUUUAAAAUACAUUUUCAGAACCAAAGCAAGGGGUGUUUGUUCACAGAAACAUCCUCAGAGGUCUGCAUAGAAAAAUGGCAGCAGUGUCCUUCAGUGGUAAAACCUUUGCAAAGCUUCCAGGUUGCAAGUACUUGAGUUCUGAAAAGCCACAUCUUCAGCCCUGGGUUUACCUUAGGGAGGGAUCACCUGUGCAUCUUGAUCUUCCUUUUAUGUAUUCAGAUUAGUUAUGGUUAAAGCUAUUAGGUUUAGAGUCCACUAAAGAAAGUUUUCUACCAAGAGGUAUUGUUUCUUCAGGAAUGUGAUGAAGGGCUGCUUAUAUUAAUACUUUGUACUGACGUUGUAAUCAUGUAGGAUACCUUUUAAACUAAAGAAAUGACUAGUUGACAUUUACUUCAGAGAACCGAUUUAAAAUGUUUUUGUUACCAGACAUUCUUGCCUUAAAAUAAGGUUUCAAGCACAUUUCUUUUAUAUUUGAGAAUUUAAUUGCAAAUUUGUAUUCCUUAAGCAACAUUAGAAACAAACCACUGCAUUUAUAUGCAUUAAUAUUAUGCAAGUAAACUUGGUUGAGUAGAUACUUCAAGGUUUUGCAUUUACUGUGGAAGUAAGGGUGGUGGGUUGUUCUGCUUGUUGUUUAAGCAUGAUGACAAGUGUAAAGGAAGACAGUAUUGUUCUUAAAAGAGCUCACCUUUCCCAGUUUUUGUCUAAACAAAGUAGUGUUUCUCACUAGCUACUGCCCUUAAAUUUUUGCCCGGUGAUUUUUAGGGUGUCUGCUGAGAAGAUUAUGAACAUUCUUGUUAAGGAUCUAUUUGAUUUAGUAUUUUCCUCAAUGGUGGCAGUCUCUCUCAAGAGGCUUUCUUGAGAAGCAGUAGGGUUUGCUAACACUAACUCCAUUUCACCCAAAUGAAGAAUCAGCAACUCCCAUACUCUGGGGAGACUUAAAUUAACCAAGUUCAAGACUCCUGCCCAUUUGUUUAAGGCAACACUGGUUUAGACAGGGUUUGUUACAUUGGAAAAGCAGCACAUUCUGUCCCUGCCCUCUGGGGGUACCAAGUUCCAAGUCUGAUAGGUUAAUUUGAAAGUUAAGAUCUUUGAUCAUAUCUCAAAUCAAUGAGUAGCUCCAUUGUUGUAGCUAAUGUAAGUCAAAUACAAAAUUUUCUUGUUUUCUAAGAACAGUUUGUCUUGAAACGGCAUCCACCUUUAGUAGAGAUGAUCUCGCAGGUGAGGCUGGAGCACUCAGAGCACUGUAGCAUGGAGAGCAUGCUUGUGUUCACUCCGCAUCGUCGGUUUGGGCCCAGCCGGCUUUUGCCUGUGGCUUCCCUUUUUCUGUUCUGUAAUUCACCAUCUGUUCUGCCUGACAGAUUGGGUACUUUAAUAAGCAAGAUACAUUGAAGGCUGCAUGGCUAGGAGUAAUCUUUUGUCAUAAAAGUGACUUGUUCACUGUGAUCCAUUAAUCACAAAAGUAAAUUCUGAGGGCUAAUUUCCUAGCUUUGGGAGGGAGCCUCACCUAAAAACCCUAAAUAUAGGUACUUGUUUAGUAGUUUGUUUAAUUUGGGUUGCCUUUUUUAAGUAACAGUACAUUCCUACUUUUUUUUUUUUUUUUUUUUUUUUGACAGAGUGGAUAGAGAGAGAAACAUUCCUACUAUAUUAAGUCAGGAAUACAUUCUUAACUAAGAUGUGUGUGUUUCAAGCCACUCCACAUGGUUAGAAAAACUUGCUUUGUGUGUGCUCAUUUGUUGUUACCAGUGAUUGAGAUUUCGUUUUCUGAAUGUACUCAAACCCCUCCACCAACUCCACCAUCACCACCACCAAGGACGAUUGAAUAGGUUGCUUGCUGAUAGAAAAUUGAAUUGAAAACAGGAAUAUGUGUGUAUGGCAUGAAUCAGUCACUGAAUUUCAGCUUCUCAGUAUCUAUACAAUUAUUAAUAAAAUUUGUUUAUUGACACCAGAAA